CCGAUCGAAAUUCCUACUUCUUUGAGAGGCGUAGAUCGGCUCUUGGCGGCAGGGCAGUCCGGUAUGAAAGGGUGGGUGAGUGAGUGAGUGAGUGAGUGAGUGAGCGAGCGAGCGAGCUCAAAGGAAGGAAAGCAGGAGGAGGGGAGAAAAGAGCAACGCUUCCUAGUCCCUCUGUCGUACCAACACCUGCCUUUGUUUUCCAUGCGACUGUAAGGAUACAUAAAUAGGGUAGUGAAAUACGCAUUCAAAGAUAAGAGAGACAAAACUACGAGAUUCUGCAUGUUGCAGUUAUUUCUAGAGUCUCUGGAGGUACGACAGGAAAUCACUUAAUCUGGACAGCGAGAAGGGGAGCAUGGACAAACGUACUGUACACAGGAAAGGCUAUUCAUCUCUAGUAAUGAACUCCAGGCUUCGUGUGUUGGGCGGGAGAAUAAGCAACAUACGAGUAUCAGAGCUGCCAAAGGACAAGAACAGGUCGGAGGUCGUCUGCAAUGUGCAUUUCCUGGAUGGCACGGUGCAGAGCUUCAGAGUCAAUAAACAAGAUGCUGGUCAAGUUUUGCUCGAUAUGGUCUACAACCACCUAGGCCUGAUGGAGAGAGAAUAUUUCGGCUUGCAACACAAUGAAGAUUCAGUAGACUCUCCUAUUGGUAGCAAAUUGAGGUGGCUUGAGCCUACAAAACCAAUCAGGAAACAGCUGAAAGGGAGUUUUCCCUGUUCGCUGCGAUUCCUGGUGAGGUUUUUCAUCCAAGACCCUAAUAUGCUACAGCAAGAACAAACUAAGCAUUUCUAUUUUUUACAACUGAAGAAUGAUAUCCUAGAAGGAAGGUUAAACUGUCCUCCCAGUUCGGCGGUUGUCCUUGCUUCCUACACAGUGCAGUCUGAACUUGGAGACUACAGUUCCUCUGAGCACCCUCCUGGAUAUCUGUCUAAAUUCCACUUUAUACCUGAUCAGGACGAAGACUUUCUUACCAGAGUGGGAUCACUGCAUAACCAGCACAGAGGCCUCAGACAGUCAGAAGCAGAGCUUUGCUAUUUGAAUAUUGCCAGAACCAUGGAGUUUUAUGGUGUAGAAUUGCACAGCGCUAGAGAUCCUAACAAUGCAGAGCUGCUCAUAGGAAUAGCCUCUGGGGGACUCCCUGUCUUUCGGAAUAUGAUUUGCACAAGUUUCUACUCCUGGGUCAAUAUCAUGAAGAUUUCCUUUAAAAGGAAACGGUUCUUUAUACAGCUAAGACAGAAACAUGGUGAAACCCGGGAACAUAACGUGGCCUUCAGUAUGUUGAACUACAGGGCAUGCAAAAACCUGUGGAAAUCCUGUGUGGAGCAUCACACCUUCUUUCAGGCCAAGAGAUCAGUACCUCGGGUCAAAAAACUGCUCUCUCACAACUGGACCCUGGGCUACAAGAAUCCAGCCAAGUCCAUAAACAAUCAGUUUUGCCGGAAAGUCAUUGGCGGGAUGGUCUGGAACCCAGUAUUGAGAAAAUCGUUGUCAGUGGAGUAUCUAGAGACCAAAAGCCUUCCUUCACGCUCACCGCCUAUGACGCCAAACUGGCGGAGCCCUCGAUUGCGCCACGAGAACAGGAAGCCACGGCACUCCUCCGUGGACAACUUAGCGAGUGAGAUGACUUACAUCACCGAGACGGAGGAUGUGUUCUACACCUACAAGGAGCCGCCCAGCUCCAAGGACAGCGACACAGAGUCCUCCCAGAACCACAGUCCCUGCAGAAAGUCACCAGACUCAGAAAUGCCAAAGAAACUACUGGAAAGCAGUGACACACAACAAAGUUCCCCUCGCAUAUCCCACAGCCAUUCUCUGCCACCUUCCCCCAAUGGCGUGGGGACUCAGGCACAGGUGAACAACAGACUGUCCGGGACACACCCGCUUGACGGGGUGGAUAAACAGUUCCUGGCAAGCUACGAUAACACGAUGAGAGCGAACAACACCGAUGGAGACUGCCAGUACUACUGUGACAAUAAUGAGCUCAUAGAUGCGGAACUGCUGCUGCUACGGAUAACGCCGGAUGAAGAAGGGCGGUUUGGUUUCAAUGUGAAGGGUGGAGUGGAUCAGAAGAUGCCCCUUGUAAUAUCCAGAGUGAGCCCAGACUCCCCUGCUGACCUGUGCACGCCAAAGCUUCUCGAAGGGGACCAGAUUGUGCUGAUCAAUGGCAGAGACAUCUCAGAGCACACCCAUGACCAGGUUGUAAUGUUCAUCAAAGCCAGCCGAGAGUCGCACACCAAAGAGCUAGCGCUACUGGUCAGACGGAAAGUUGUAAAACUCCACGAUGAGCAGAUGCUUGAGGACGAGAUGGAUGUCUCAUUACCGGGUGACUCGAUCCUCUCCACCUACCCCCAGUAUGGGACUCUGGAGGAGUCCAUGCAGCAGCUGAAGAGAGGGCUGGAGAGCGGGACUGUGCUCAACCAGUUUGAGCAACUGUAUAGAAAAAAACCUGGGAUGACCAUUUUGUGUGCAAAAUUACCUCAGAACAUGGACAAGAACCGGUACAAGGAUGUGUUGCCAUAUGACAAUACCAGAGUUGCUUUAUUAGAGGGAGAAGAGGAUGAUUACAUAAAUGCCAACUUUGUUAAUAUGGCAAUCCCAUCAGCCGGCAUUGUUAACAAGUACGUGGCGAGCCAGGGCCCCCUGCCACACACCUGCUCGCACUUCUGGCAGGCUGUGUGGGAGCAGCACUGUGCCGUGAUCGUCAUGCUCACCACUCUUACGGAACGAGGAAAGCCGAAAUGUCACCAGUACUGGCCUGAUCCCCCUGAGGUUAAGGAAUAUGGCAACUUCCAGGUCUGCUGUCACUCUGAGGACUGUAACAUCGCCUACGUCUUCCGGGAAUUGACAGUCACCAACACUGAGACAGGGGAGGAACGCAGCGUCACUCACCUGCAGUACGUGGCCUGGCCUGACCAUGGGGUUCCAGAUGACCCCACUGAUUUCCUGGACUUUGUGAACUCUGUGAGACAGAAGAGAGUCGAGAAUGAGCCCCUCUUUGUCCACUGCAGCGCGGGAAUCGGUCGAACUGGUGUCCUGGUUACCAUGGAGACAUCAGUGGAAUUAAUUGAAAAGAACCAACCCGUUUAUCCGCUGGAUAUCGUUCGAACAAUGAGGGACCAGAGAGCAAUGAUGGUGCAGACUGUGGGUCAGUACCGGUUUGUGUGUGAAGCUAUCCUGCGCGUCUAUGAGGAAGGGUUGACGAAGCUUCAAGAUUCCAGUUAGUGCUGAUACUGAUGAAGAAGCAGCAGCAGACUAGGGGAUUAAUCGCUACUCCUGUGAAUUUCAAUCAGAGAAGGGUCCUCACUGAUUCUAAUUACCAUCGGGGAUCAGCAACAGAAAGAGAGAGAGAGAGAGAGAGACGGUGAUGACGUCUGAGCACAUUUGAACUGUGGCACUUUAAACACAUUGGGAGGAUCACUACUAAAGUGUGUGUAUGUGUGCGUGUGCGUGUGCGUGUGUGUGUGUGUGUGUGCGUGCGUGUGUGUGUGUGUAUAUAAAAUAUAUAUAUAUAUAUAUAUAUAUAUAUAUAUAUAUAUAUGUGUGUGUCUUGUAAGUUUCUUUUAUUUUUGUACUACCUAAAAAAAAAAAAAAACAAGUACCAGACUGCUGUUGUCACAGUGUUUACUGUUGAAGUCCAUUUGGACUUAAAAGGCAGUAUUGUUUAUGGGUGAGAAAAGAAAAUAAUUGGCUAAAGUGACCGGGGGGGGGGGGGGGGUUAUGUAGUUACAGAACCUAUAACAAAGCACUGCUGCUGUCCUUUUAUUUGAUUUUAAUUUUUUUUAGACCAACACCAAUUAAUGCUGGAGUCGAGUAUUAUUUAAGGUCCUAUGUUAUAGCCUGUGUUUGUGAAUCAGCCUAUAUGGUAUUAUAAUAUAUAAUUUCUUCUGUAUCAUUUCAUGUGUAUCAUUUCUUCAUUUAUGAUAUGUAUCUUUACUUUUCUACUUUAUACUGCUGAAGACAUAAUGCUGCUAUGCAGAAUUUGAAUUCUCUACAUUAUAUUGCCUUUGAAGAUGAUAACAUACAGGACUGAUUUUUCUUGCUGCUUCUGCUGCUGAAAUAGAAGUUUAAGCUUUUUCCCCCAAUGGUGAGGAAAACAUUUACAACUAAUUGUUUGUUAAUUUGUCUUUUUUUAAUUAUUAUUAUUUACUGGCAAAGGGUAGUGUUUUAUACCAAACGGGGUAAACGGUCCAAUGCACUUGUCUAUCCAGUCCUUCUCCCCUCUGGUGACGCCUGACCUGUCUGUACAUAGCAAACAAAUCCGAAUGGUCCUGUCUAGAGCUGGACCAGUAACCCGUAUGUGGAAAGCUUGAUAUUGAAAUGCUAAUAUGCAGCCACUUCAAAACUUUUAACCAUUUGUUAAACAACACUAGUGCACCUCAGAUGAGGAAAAUCAAAACAAAUAAAAAAACGUCUAGUAAUGCUAUACAUUCAGUAUGUAAUAAGGGAAUUGUUUGACCAAUAUGCACUAGGUUUAAAAGCUAUUUACCCUAAAUUGUCAUUAGUGUAUUUUUUUCUUUAACAUCUACAACCAUUUUUUUUUUAAUAGCUUAAGACUUAAUUGCAUGCCUGAGUUGUUAAUUUCUGCUUUGUUAAUUUUAUUGUGUGCAUGUUUCAUUUCUGAAAAGAAAUUGUGCUAAUGACAAUCUGGAGUAAAUAGCUUUGAGAAUUCGUUCCUGAUGGGGAAGGAUAAAUAUUUCAAUGUACAGAAGUACCCUGUCUUUUGAGAUACCCUUUCUUUUAUAAAUAUGUACAGAAAGCUUGUGCUGUAUUUAUUGCCAAAAAAACUACUUCUAAAAAAAAAAAGUUUAAGUAGAGAGCUUAACAAAUAGGUUAACAAAUAUAAGUAAAUUACUGUAUUGUUUUGUUCAAAUAUAAAUCCAGAGAAAAUAGAGUGGGAAGAAUUCUACUUUUUAAAUGUAUGCUUAUAUUCUUUCGUGUGUGUGUGUGUGUGUGUGUGUGUGUGUGUGUGUGUGUGUGUGUGUGUGUGUGUGUGUGUGUGUGUGUGUGUAUCUGUGUAUCCCUAUCUGCCGUCACUUCCCUUCCCUAAUACUGAGCUCAAGAUGAUUAUGCGAGUAGUUUCGGUACGUGGUUAGGUAGACUGUUGGCUCGUGGAGAUGGAAGCUCGUGACUGAUAAUCAAACAGGUAUGUGUCCCCAGUGGACAUUGCAGAAGGUCUUCUCGGUAUGAAACUAUAGGGCAUGCUUACUAUACUUUUGCUCCAGUGCAAAAUGUUUUAAUAGGAAUAAAAGCUGUUACUGGGUCCAUAUUUGUAGAAGUCCAACUCUUACCUCAUUGAAAGAUUUGUGAUUUUUAACACAAGAAUAAACUUCAAACUUAAGAAACGGGCAGAAAAAGAUCCGUGAAUGUCAGACUACUGUAUAAUUAAAUUCAGUUAAAGUUGAAUGAAAAACUGAAGGGCUGUUGUUUGCACCAAUAGUGUUUUUUAUUUUAUUUUUUUAUUUUAUUUAUUUAUUUUGCACUGGAACAAAACCUUUUUCUUUUACAAGCAAUUACUGUAGGUCCUCCUUUUGUCUUGUACACAGUCACAGUCCAGAUGCACAAUGAGACUAAAAGCAGACUGCAUCAAAAGGCUUUUUGCUUCUUGGUAUUUAUGGCAGUACAAUGCAAACAAUACAUAUGGGGUUUGUAUUGUAUUAAGCAAGUAAAUACAUUAAAUGUAACAAAUAAGAAAGGGGUUUCCCAGUUCACUUUCUUGAUUUGUAUUGAUUCGUACUGAAUAAAUCUAUCAUUUUCAUCAUCUCCUAUUUGCAAUCUAUGUGGUGGACUGCAUGAAUUUUAAGCUUCAGUAAAGGCUUGGAAAGAGGGGGGUGGUGAUCGAGGGGGAAAGUAUCAUAUUGUAAAUAGAAUGGCUUGUUGUGAAUACUCUAUGAUACUGUAUGGAAGAAGAAUAUAUCUUCAGUUUAUCAAUUAAAGUACAACUUAUUGUAAGUGGUGUAUUUGAAUUUGUAGUUUGGUGGAAAGUGCGUUUUUGCCAAACUGUUGUUAAGGGGAUAACGCAAUCAUAUUGCAAUUAAACAAGACUUUGAUUCUGGGAAGUGGAUAGAAAAAUGUAUAUUAAAGAUUUGUGCUAAUCAGGAUUGUUACUACGAUAAGUUACUCUCA